GGGAUAACUUUUUGGAAUUCAGCCCAAUGGAGUUCUUUUUCAUUCUCCUAUCUCCCCUCCUAGGCCUGCAACGUCUCUCCUUCUCUCUCUCUCUUUCCCUCUACCCUCUCUCCCUUUCUCCCCAGAAAGGUAGACGGUUAAGAGCGUACUUUUACUGAAGAAACAAGUAUCAGGUACCACGCAGCAGCCACAGCAGCAUCUCCCAGGAUGCAUAGCUUCAUGGGCGGGGGCCUAUUCUGUGCCAUGGUGGGGAACAUCCUACUGGUGGUCUCAAUGGCAACAGACUACUGGAUGCAGUACCGCCUGUCAGGCAGCUUCGCCCACCAGGGCCUGUGGAGGUACUGCAUGUCGGGCAAAUGUUACAUGCAGACGGACAGCAUCGCGUACUGGAAUGCAACCCGGGCCUUAAUGAUCCUGUCCGGGAUGUCGUGCUUCGCGGGCAUCAUUGCGGGCAUCCUCUCCUUUGCCCACUUCUCCACCUUCGAGAGGUUCAACCGCUCCUUCGCUGCAGGGAUCAUGUUUUUCAUCUCCACAUUAUUUGUUCUGCUGGCGAUGGCCAUCUACACGGGUGUGACAGUGAACUUCCUGGGCAAGCGCUUCGGUGACUGGCGUUUCUCUUGGUCUUACAUAUUGGGCUGGGUGGCACUGCUCAUGACCUUCUUUGCAGGGAUAUUUUACAUGUGUGCCUACAGAAUGCAUGAAUGUAGGAGAGGGGGCGGCCCUACACGCUAGAGAGAAAGACACAGCAAGAUACACAAACUGUUUUUAAAAAGAGGACCAUUUUACACUGAAUGAAUGACCAUGUUUAUCCAGAGGCCAACAUAUGACAGAAAGCCUUUGCGACUGCAUGGGCCUCCAUUCCCUGAUGUUUCCAAUGGAUUUCCUGGAUAAAUAAAGGUUUGAUUUAAAAAAAUAUACAACAGCUUUCUGCCAUUCACAUGAAAGGAACAUUUACGAGAAUGAUAAUGCAUUUAUUUAUAAAGUCAAUAUGACUCAUUUCAUUAUCUAUGUGCAGUUAACAGGAGAAUAUGUUUCAAAAUGGCUGACAUGGCAAGGGUUAUGAUAUCUCCGUAGUGCCUUUUUCAAAAGCAUAUAUGCAAGAUGACAACAGGCUUUUUGUAUAUGCAAAUGUGUUGUAGUUUUGAUAAGGAAUAUGGGCAGCAAUGCUGACUUUACAAUUUCUCAGAUUUUCAAUAAAGUUCCUCUCUAAA